CAGGCAGAUGAAGAAGCCGGGUGCACUGUAGACUUUAAGUUUGAGCAGCAGCGCUUCAUGUUGAAACACAGGUGAAGUCUUCACAGCUAGCUAGCUAGCAGCGCGCAGCUGUCUGGAGCCAAACAAAGAACCACACGGAGCCAAACAAAGAAUUACGCACGGCGAGCUGUGCGUAAGAAGCCAUGGCAAUUAAUAAAGCCAAGGUCGCUUUUGGGUUCAUAGUCGCAGGUGUGCUGACGGUGUUUUUCGGGACUGUUCUUGCUUUCGUGGGACCGAUAAUCAUCGACGACCAGGUGGUGAAGAACACAGUGAUCGACCCAGACAAUGACCUCACCUUCACCAUGUGGAAAGACGUCCCUGUGCCCUUCUUCAUGUCUGUCUACUUCUUCAACAUCCUCAACCCUCAGGAGAUACUGGCGGGAGAAAAGCCCAUGGUGGAGCAGAGAGGACCUUACGUGUACAGAAAACACAUCCAGAAAGACAACAUCACAUUUCAUCCCAACAACACGGUGUCCUACAAGGAAUACAGACAGUACUUCUUUGAGCCGUCCAUGUCUGUAGGGAACGAGUCUGACGUUGUCACGCUUCCAAACAUGUUGGUGCUGGGUGCAGCGGUCAUGCUGGAAAAUCUGCCGUUUGCGGUGCGUUUAAUGAUCAGCGCCACCUUCAAGACUUUCAACGAGGGGCCCUUCCUGACCAAGACCAUAGGCGAGCUGAUGUGGGGCUAUGACAGUUUACUGGUGGAGUUCCUGAAUCGGUACCUGCCCGGCAUGCUGCCCUCAACGGGGAAGUUUGGCCUCUUUGCUGAAUUCAACAACUCCAACACCGGCCUGUUCACCAUCUUCACUGGAAAAGACAACAUCAGGAACGUCCACAAGGUCGACUCCUGGAACGGCCUGACGCAGCUGAGCUACUGGCAGACGCCUCAGUGCAACAUGAUCAAUGGAACAGCUGGACAGAUGUGGCCUCCCUUCAUGACCAAAGAGAGCACUUUACCUUUCUACAGCCCUGACGCCUGCAGAUCUUUGGAGCUCGUUUACCAGCGUCCUGGCGAGUUUAAUGGCGUCCCUCUGUAUCGAUUUAUUGCACCCAAGACGAUGUUCGCUAAUGGGACCGAUUACGCUCCCAAUGAAGGUUUCUGCCCCUGCAGACAGUCCGGCCUGCUGAAUGUCAGCAGCUGCCGCCACAAGUCUCCGUGCUUCAUCUCUCAUCCUCACUUCUAUAACGCCGAUCCCGUGCUGCUGGACUACGUGCAGGGCCUUCAUCCAACUGAGGAGGAGCAUGGCCUCUUCAUAGACAUUCACCCGCUAACGGGCAUCCCUCUGAAUGUGGCCAUCCGUCUGCAGCUCAACCUCUACAUGAAGAGAGUGUCAGGAAUUACAGAAACUGGCAAGAUUGCUGAGGUGGUGAUGCCGAUGCUCUGGUUUGAGGAGAGCGGAUAUAUCGACGGGCCCAUCCUCUCUACGUUCCACACGAACCUGGUCGUCCUGCCUGCCGUGAUGGAGUACAUGCAGUACGGCUUCAUCGGCCUCGGCCUGGCGAUGAUAAUAAUCGCCGCCAUGGUGCAUUACAAAGUGAAGGAAUCCGGUAAAGAGCCGGUAAAAGGUUCACAUGACCAUGAAACAAAGGAGAAAUAUGUCAUGAGUAAUUCAGACGAUUAAAGGCGACACACCAGAGGGACACACGAGCACUUCAACCGGAGAGAAAGACCCUCUACUACAAGAUGACGAGGACUGAUGAGACACACACACACACACACAGCUGGUGUUGUGUGGACUCUGACGACCGACAUCAUUUGAAAACACUGUCACACGGUGCUCAGUAUAUUUUAAAACUCGCACAAAAGAUAAGCUUUGCUGUAUUUUACUGUACUGUACAGUUUAUGAAACACUCAGCCGGAGACCCGUGUUCACUUUAUUUAGUGCUUGUGUUCAAGCUGCUGGGGUUGAGACUGUGUUGUCUCUUCAGGCAGAGCGAGUCGAGAUGUUCUGUCACUGAAAACCACUUUUUUGUAUUUAAAAAAAAAAAAAAAAAUUAACUGACCACAAAAACACCAUUUCCAGUUUUUAACGUGUUAAUUUUUCUGCCAGGUGUUUGAGAAUCAUCAGUGUUGAGACGAAACAUUUUCUAGUUUUUUUUUCAUCAGUAGGAGUCGUACACGGUUAUUGCGGUGGCUGUGAUUUUUAAAGAAAUGUUUCUGUAAUAAUAAACAAGGGAACUCGCAGGAAGCGGUGUCUCUACUGAGCGCCAACGUGCCUUUAUUAAGAGGGGAGACAUUUCUUUAUCAACUAACCUUCGGGUCCUUCGUGAGAGUUGAGACUUCAAGCAGAGUAUCGAACAGUCGUCUGACGAUUCUCUCUAAAGGUGUGAAUGUAGUUCUUGAAUGUGUAACACUGUCUAAAGGAAUGAAUGUUCAGUAUUUCAGUCAGCCCUUUGGUGUCAAAUGCUUAUGUUAUGAGAUAACUUGGAGGUAAUAAUAAAUAUAUUUGAAAUUACAAU